AGCUUAUCAGGCGUUCUCUUAAAAAGUUGCGCUCAUAGCGACAUUUCAUAGCGCCAAGGGCUGCAGCGCAAGCAACUGCAAAAAGGCUCAGCUCUUCGCGCCUUUGCUUUUCAUCAGGCAACUUCACGUCAGGCGACAGGAGUUGCGUUCGCGACCACCAGGUCCGGUAGAGCCUUGGUGGCGACUGAGGGACUGCCCUUGGCGCAAGAAGAACCCCAGUCAGCGGGUCUUUGCGGAGCCGCGGCAGGCCUCGCUAAUUUGAAAGGCCUCCGACGCCAGCGCAACGAAAAAUGGCGCUCGCGGUGUCGACCAAUAUCGGUCAUCUGUCUACGGCACAGCGCGGAAUGCACGUUGGCUACCUGCACGGUGCUGCCCUACCUGCUUCUGAGCUGGCUGCCCACGCGGGAGCCCGGCUGCUCGUUUGCGCGGCGUCUGGUGAUGUUGCCCAGGUCGCGCGGUGCCUCGCGGACGGUGCAGAUCGGGACUAUCAGGACCCAAGCUCGGGGGAGACUGCGCUGCACAGGGCUGCACAGCGUGGGCAGGUGACAAUGCUGGAGACGCUGCUAGCGGCUGGGGCCAACCCACACAGCGCCGACCGCGGCGGCCGCACGCCGCUUUUCGCCGCCGCCAACGCCGGCAGCCUGGCGGCCGUGCACACGCUGCUGGCGCACGGCGCCGUGCUCUUUCCCGCACCCUCCACCCUCCCCUCCUCCACUUGCACCCCCUGCUCCGGCGGCGCCUGCCGCUCCGGGACAUCUUGCUGCCACCCCAACCACCACCACGCCUCCGCCACCUCCACCUCCUCCUCCUCGCCUUCCUCCUCCUCGCCGCCUUCCUCUGCGGAGGAUGCUGAUGACGCGGCGUUCCUGGCGCUGCGCACCACCUGCCCGCUGGCGGCGGCCGCGGCGGCGGCGCGCUGGCCGCUGGUGGCGGCGCUGCUGGGGUCGCUGCCGCCCAGCUACCAGCAGCAGCCGGCGACGCUGCGGUCGCUGCGGUUCCUGGUGUGGGCGCUGGCCUCGCACAAAGCCUUCCCUCGCGAGGUGAUUGCCCGGCUGCCUCGGCGGCUGCCCGCCUGUGUGCUGAACGCGGUGCGGCCCGCCACGUUGGCCUCCACGCCGCUGGUGCUGGCGGCGGGCAACGACCAGCAGCAGCUGAUGCAGUGGCUCCUGCGGCAGGGUGCGGACCCGGAGCUGGGCGCGCCGCUGUUGCUGUGCGCGGGCCGCUUCUGCCGCGGCAGCCGAGCCUGCUGCGUCAGCACGCUGUUGCGGCUGGGCGCGGCGCCGCAUGUGGCGUGGGCCGACAACCCCUCCGACUCGCCGCUCAUGCUGGCGGCUCGCGGCGACUGCUUCACGCACGUGCACUGCCUGGUCGCACACGGUGCUGACGUGUCCGGCGAGGCCGGCCGCGUGCGGGCGGCGCUGUACACCCCCGCCGCCUGGGAGCGCCACCUAGAGGCGAUGCUGACGUCACCGCACGCGGCGGCGCUGCUGGCGCAGCACGCGCAGCAGCAGGCGGCGGCGGCGGGCGGGGAGGAGGAGUGGGGCCUGCUGUGCCCCUGCGGCCAGUCGCAUGCGGCCUGGCCGGGCUUGUGGCCGUCGGAGGAGCCGGCGCGCGGCACCGGCGACGGCGCGGGGCCGGAGGGGCUUGAGGAGGCUCUUGAGGAGGAGGCGGGUGCGGGCGCGGGUGGGGGUGGAGGCCGGGCGGGGUCGCGGGAGGGCGGCGAGGGCGGCAACAGCUGCCACAACCCCACGCCCUCGGAUGACGCCUGGUACCGCCACCACCGCCUGGAGAUGGAGCAGCUGCAGGACGGCGCCGAGCUGGCGGACUGCCGCAAGGCGGUGGACGACCUGUGGGCAUUUGGUUGCAGCGCCGUCACCGCCGAGCUCACAGCGGAGCUGGCGGCGGCGGCGGCGGCGGCAGCGGCAGUGGCCGCCCAGCAGGCGCAGGGGCAGCAGCCGCAGCCGGCGGCGCCGGUGCCGGUGCCGGUGCUGGCGCCGCACAGUCCGCUGCCGGCGGCCGUGCUUGCGGCGCUGGGUGAUGUGGCAGGCGGCUGGCUGGCGGCGGCGGCGCGCUGCCGCCAGCAGCGGCUGCUGCGAGCUGACCUGUACGACAAGGCAGUGGGUGCGGGGCUGCGGCUGCUGGAGCAGAAGCGCGUGGCGGCGCUGGCGGCGCUGGGCGGCGCGGGCCUGGCUUCGGCUCUGGUGGCAGAUGAGGAGGAGGGGCAGGAGAGGGAGGAGGGGCGGGCCGCGGGUGGCAGUUCCUUGGCUGUGGAGCUGAAGAUGGAGAUAUUGGCUCUGGCCGGCCUGGCGCCGCCGGGUGUGGAGGCGGGCCUGGCAGCGGCGGCGCGGCCGGCGCGGCGGGCGUGCGGCUGCGACGGCUGCUGCCCUGGCAGCUCCAGCGCAUGAGGCGCUGAGGCGGUGGUAGCCUCAGCAGUCGGUGCCGUUGGAGCAGCAGCAGCAGCAGCAGUGGGUGGCUGCGAGGGUGGCCGCGAGGCGGUGGGUGGGGUCGUUGGGGCCACGCGAUGGGAGGCGUGUGCCUGUGUUGGGUGCCUUGGCGGCACCCCGGCUUACUACAAUCGGAUAAGGGGCGGUGCUGGGGCCUUUCCCGCACUGCGAAAUAAAGCAUGGAUAAGCGUUCGUCCGCGCCUGAGACAUUAGCUUACAUGAGCAUAUACAGGACGCCGAUGCUGUUGCGUACAGAUACCUGCAUUUGGUUUAGCGCCGCGUGCGCUGUUGGUCAGUGCGGCGCGUUGUUCGUCGCGUUUUGGGUUUAGUAUGGUCACGUACCGUAUUUUCUUCUUACAAGAACGUUGGACCACGUCUGCAGUUCGCGGCACCACGGCUGGCAGCAGGCGGCUGGAUUUGGGCCGAACGCAUUUUGGUGUGGGGUGUGUGGUUCAUUGUAUGCGCCAUUAGGGAAUGGAGGUAUUGGGCACAUGGUGUGUGGGGUUGAUGCGGCAGUGGGCACGUGCUUAUGCGCCGCUGAGCUUGUGCGGUGUCCAGGUUUGGAAGGGCGGUUUCCGUGCGCAUCCGCCAUCAGCCGGUAUACGCGUGUCUUGGGUGUGGCAUGUGGGUCGCACACAGCAAACCGUCAGUAGUUCAGUUGCUAGGGAGGACGCGGCUCAUGCUGCCUGUGCGUUGGACGCGUUGGUGUCCAGCGCCCGGUGGUGGAAGCGGCUGUGCGCGUGGGUUGUACCAUAGCCUGUCAUAGUGUCAUUCCUUUCGUUGAAUUCGUACAAAGUGUACUUGAGAGAAGACUAAAACAACACGCACGCCGCGCAUGUGGCUUGCAAUAAAGGUGUAGACAGGUGCCGAACAGGCCCUGUGACGAUGAGCGCUAUAAUAAGGUAUGGCGAGGUCAAGCUGUUGGACUUGCACAGGAAUGCAUUCUAUAGGAGGUGCGCGGGUUUUGAACAGUCGGCACGAAGGCCUCUAGCUCCUAGGAGCUCCUCGCCAGGGGAGCGCCGGGUGUUACAUGCUUGGACUGUCCAAUCCCUGUCAGUCUUUCGUGUAACCGCUCAUGAAU